CACUGCUUCCGCCGGGCCAUGGGGCCGCGCGUGCUGCCGCUGCUGUUGCUGUUGCUGUUGCUGCACACGCUGCUGUGCGGAGCCGAGGACAUCACACCCUCGCCUCUGCAUCUCACUCAGGUCAAGCCCUCGCCGCCGCCUGCCGCGACAAACCGAAGCCAGCCAGGUGCAACCCACAACAGCACCUACGAGUGGCUUCCGGGCUCUCCGGGCUCGCCACUGCUGCGCUCUUUCUAUGUGUUCACGGGGCUCAGCGUCCUGGCCGCCCUGUACUUCCUCAUCCGGGCGUUCAGGCUGAAGAAGCCACAGCGGAGGAGGUAUGGGCUCCUGAACAACACUGAAGACCCCACUGAGAUGACCUCCCUGGACAGUGAUGAGGAGACUGUCUUUGAGACAAGAAAUCUAAGAUGACCAGGGGCCGUGGAAGGAAAGACAAGAGACAGCUGCUCCAUUCUUCCACUGGCUUUGAUGUUGGUGUUGCUGGGUGCCACCUAAAGCUCCACCAUGGCCUGUGCAGCUUCCCUGAAGUUGGAUCAACCCCCAAUCUGGAUAGCAUGGCUUCACCUCCCCAGACACCCCUCAGCCUGGUUGGUGGAGUCCUGCAGCAGCCAAGGGGCCUCCAGAGCUGCUGCCCACAAUUCAGCGGCCCCGUGACUGGACUGUGACUUUUGUCACUCCCCCUCUCCUGCAGGGACAGUAGCAGUCUGGGCUGAGGCCUGAUGGGACUAAGGGGUCUCUGGGAGUGCCUUUUCACUGAGCUGGAGACAAUAAAUGAAGCAACGGCUUUGCAGUUGGCAUCCAACCUUGCCUUGACCCAGACCCAGGUGUCCUGACAUAGUAGCAGAUUGGGUCUGCUACUAUGAUCUCAGGUUCUCCAUCUGUGACCGCAGUGGGCUUCUGUGGCAUUGCCCGAGCUGUCUAGAGGGUGAGUGGAGUCCUAUGUGGUAGGGAGAUGGUCUGUCUCCUACCUAGAAGGCUGUGUUCACCUGGAGGGAACAACCAUCUCUUAAAAAUCAUGUUCCCCAGCAGCCUCAUAUGUACUUUAGCUUGGGGUUCAAGAGCUCUGCCCUCAGGAAUACCCAUCUCUGCCCACCAGCACCUUUGGGAGAGUUUUCCAGAGGAGCCUUGGAGCUGUGGUGCAUAGCUGGAGAUCCUGGCAGCUACCUGUGUACCCCUCCCUCAGCCUCUUGUGCCAUUUCCACAGGCCGAGUCCCCAUCCUGGGCUCCAUGGGUUCCUUGGUGUGGGCCUGCUUCUUCCAUGAGCUACUGGGAAGAGUCCAGCUGUGGCUUGUAUCUCUGUAUAUUUGUCCUUAGAUUGGGGGGACCUGGCCUGAGACCCCUACAGCCUGAGGUCUUCCCAGCUGCUGGCCAGAGCCUCCUACACUGUGUCAUAAGGAAAAACUACCACCAGGUGGCAGCCCUAUGCCUCCCAGCCGCCCUCCUCACCUCCCAGAAGCUGGUUCUUACAUUCACACCAGGUGGGCUGAUCCUGCUGCCCACACCCCUGACCCAUAGGCUCUUGGGCUUUGUCCACCUCAAAGCCCUGCUGAGCCUAAGCCCCUGCCAGCCAUCUGAGCACAGGGAAGCAGGAAUAUUACGGGCCAGGUUGGUCAGCCCUCUCCCCUCUGUAUUAGUCCUGUCUUGUCUACUGCCUAAUGUCAGACCAGGCCCCACCCUCCCAUCUUCUCUGCCGUCUCAGCUGCCACCCCCAAGAAGUUUUUGCUGACAACCCUCAGCCCAUUCUUUGGGAAGAUAAUGGUCAUGCUAGGGAAGCUGCCCACCUCAGGGUGAGGCCAGAUCCCAGGGAGCCCAGACCAGAAAGUGAGAGUCAUAGGUGGGCAGCCCAUUGGAGUCUGGCUGCUAUUCUGCAUCUAUGUGGCCCUGUGGGUCUGGCUCAGCCCAUCCAGUUUGUCUCCAUAUACCUCCUUCACUCCAUCCAGCUCUGUCUCUCCAUCUCUCCCCUUCGACCCACUGGGAAGCACUUUUAACAGAUGCAAAGACACCGCGCUGGCCUCCACCCUGUGAUCUGUGCCCCUUUCCCACAGCUGUGAGCCAUUUCUCCAGCUUCAAAAGGCACAUUAAUUACUCUAAUGAGGUCAGUAGAGACCCACGUGCUGCCAUCCGGUGCUGGGAACAUG